AUGAAUUUUGAACACUUUAUAUUAAGAUACCACUUGGAUCAUCAAGUACUCCAUAUAAGAAGCACGUUAACAACACACGUUCUUCAAAUCGAUUUAACAAAGCUUGAAGAGUUCCAAAUUCAUAAUAAAAAUAAUGAUAAUGAGAAUGCAAAUGAUGUUGAUAAUGACGACAACAAUGAGAAAGAAAAUCGAGAUUCAGGAAUUGUAACAGGUCGUCAUCGUCAUCGAAGGAAUAAUAUGAUGCUUGCAAUGUUAUUUGGUGUGACAGCAAUGGGUGCUAUUGUCAUUCCUGUUGGAUUUCAAUUUCUUUCUUUAGUUGCUGGAAAAGCUUUAUUAUUAUCAAAAAUGGCACUUUUAUUAGCAUCAAUCAGCAGUUUAAGAAAGAUUGCAACAAGCGGACUACACUAUGGUUUAUAUCAUUUACAAGAUCCAUAUGGGGGUUAUGGAAGUUAUUAUGAUCGAGGUGAUGCACAAGCACCUCCAAGAUUUCCUAGAAGUAGUAAUUAA